UGGUGCGGGCAGGCGCGGGACGGCGGCGGCGGACGCGGCGUUCCUGGUUUGGCUCUCACCGAGCCCCGUCCCCCGUGGACACAGCGGGGGCGGCCGGGCCGGGCGGCAUCGGGGAUUGUGGGGGCACAGCGGGGGAUGCUGAGUGCGCCCCGGGGCCGCGCAGCCUACGAGUAGACCCCGCCUCCCGCCCGCCGCAGCGUCGGCCCCGCAGCGCGGCGGGAGAGAACUGCCCGCCCGAGCGGGUGGGGGAAAAUGGCAAAGAGAAUUGCAGAGAAGGAACUGACUGACCGAAACUGGGACCAGGAGGAUGAAGCUGAAGAGGUGGGAACAUUCUCUGUGGCAAGUGAAGAGGUCCUGAAGAACAGAGCUAUUAAAAAAGCAAAGCGCCGAAACAUUGGGUCAGAGUCUGAAAGUGGAGGAGCUUUUAAAGGGUUUAAAGGCUUUAUAUUGCCUUCUGGAAAAGGCGGAGGUGGCUUCAGUGGAUUCGGGAAUGGUGCAGGAAUAAAGCCUUUAGAAGGGCUAUCUAAUGGAAGCAGUAGUGUCUCUGGUACUCCUCCUUUCAGCAGUUUGAAGGGUGCCUCCGAAACACAAUCAGCAUUUGGAUCCCCAAUGUCAAAUGGUCCCACUGCUGCUGUGUUUGCUGAGAAAAAGGCUGUGAGCCCAAGAGCCAAUGGUGGCAGCCAGCCCUGCUCAUCUGGCAGCACCUUGAGUGUGGCACAUGGCUCCGGCACCUACCACAAACAGCUGGCUGCUCUCAACCGCUCCGUGUGUGACUGGAUAGUGAAGCAUGUUAACACCAACCCCCUGUGCGACCUGACCCCCAUCUUCAGGGACUACGAGCAGUAUUUGGCAAGCAUUGAGCAGCAGCAUGGAGGCAGCAGUGACAGUGGCUCUGAGAAUGAAAGCAGCAAGACCCCUGGCCCACGGGCUGUUCCUGCGUUUGGGAGUUCAAAGCUCCAGCAAGGCUCCACAUUUUUGUUAAACAACAAAACUGAGGAUACCUCAGACAAAAAACCUGAAUCUGCAUCAGAAAAAAGAGACCCAUCGUUAGGAGCUACGUCAACUGUCUCGUUUAAUUUUGGCAAGAGUGUUGACAGUUCUGUUUUGGGUUCCCUUGGUUCAGGAACACUUAGUAGUUUCUCAUUGUCUCCUGGGAAUUCAGGUUUGUUUGGAAAAGACGCAAACCAGGCUAAGUCUGUCACUGCAGCAUCCACCAGUUUAUUGGAAGCUCAGACAGAUAGUGGCAAUAGUGAUGACAAAGGAGGGGAAGAGGAGGAAGAAGAGCCACCAAAAGUCAUUGUUAAUGAAAUAAAAGAAGAUGAUGCUUUCUACUCAAAGAAGUGCAAACUGUUCUACAAAAAGGAUAAUGAAUUUAAAGAAAAAGGCGUAGGAACAUUACACUUAAAACCAGCAGGAAAUGAAAAAACUCAACUCUUAGUACGAGCCGACACCAAUUUAGGAAAUAUACUGUUGAAUGUUCUAAUUCCACCUAAGAUGCCAUGUACAAGAACUGGAAAAAACAAUGUUCUUAUAGUUUGUGUUCCUAAUCCACCGAUUGAUGAGAAGAAUCCAGCUGUUCCUGUCACUAUGCUAAUAAGGGUGAAAACAAGUGAGGAUGCAGAUGAAUUGCACAAAAUCUUACUGGAGAAAAAGGAGGCUUAAAUGAGUUGCAGUCCAUAAUUUGAGGAAUUAUUGCCAAACUGCUGCUGCUCUUUUUUUUCCCCCUAACUUCACUUGAACAUUUAAUUCUUUACUCUGAUAUUAAGAACUGUUAUAGGAAUUCUGGAAAAAUGAUGUGAGGAAAAGCUAAACUAGCUAAUAAAAGCUUUAAUAGAACUCAA